AUGGCCAAGGCGAUGUGUUCGCCCAAGUCUUUCGGUCUGUUUAGCCCCCGCGCCCACAGCCAGAGGUUUGAUUCGCUGGUGCAGUCCCAGGCUCGAGAGCUGUCACAGCUCAGGCAGAAGAUGAAGGAUUCUCGCAGCCUGGGCAUGCUGCACCAUCACCAGCUGGAGGAUCUCAACAAGUCCUUUGAAGAGCUACUGCAGGCCAGUGAUGUGGAUUACUAUGUGGGGAAAGCUUUCCGGGGGCAACUGGACAAGAGCCUUUUAGUGCUUGGAAAGCUAGAAGACCAGCUUGAGUGCGGGGGUGGGUAUGCAGACAACGAAGACAACACACUUCUUGAAUUUGCAGAAAGUCCUGAAAGCCUAAAGCAUGAAAUAACCUACCUCCGAAAACAACUUGACAGUGAGAGGAGGCAGCUGCAAAAGCAGCUGAAAGAUCUUGCGAGACACAACCAGAACUUAGCCCAAGCCACGGAGGAACAGCUAGAUGUGCUUUCAAGGGAGGUGCAGGAGAAGAAUAAGGUGAUCCAGCAGCUUCAGCUGCAGAUCAGGAGCCAGUCAAUAGAGCUGUCUACUAGCCACAACUCCUCUGAUUCAGAAGCUUCCGACAGAAAUAGGACUCUGGAUAACAGAUCAGACGCUCUGCAUGCGCUCCAGUGUUUUGAAGGGAAAUACGGCCAAUGCCGAGCAUCUGAAG